AUGCCAGUGCCCAUACGUCAAGUUGAGCACGAGCCAGAGGUGUUCCCUUUGUUGACUAGAUCAGAAGUAGAUGCGACGAGGACAUCAGCUUGGUACGAGACAUUCGAGGAUUUGACGAUUCCUUCUCGGAUCAUCGAUUUGGAGACAUUGGGAGAAGAAGAGGCGUUUCGAGAUUGGCUCAAUGGUGAUUCUAUCUUCCUCCCCCAAGAUAGCGAGAAUGUCAGCUCGAUCUCGUCAUCGAGUUUUGAUGCGACAGGGUCUAAUUCCGACUCUGCCCCAGUGUACCAUCUACCCAAGCUCAACACGGCCAUUCGAACAGCUAUCCAAGCGUUUGGAGGCUCAGUCUUUCCCAAACUAAACUGGACAGCACCAAGAGACGCAGCAUUCAUCAUCCCCCAAACCGAAGGAGGUCCAUUAUACUGCAAGACACCAGCGGACGUCUAUCUCGUCCUGAAAUCUAGCGAUUUCAUUUCUCACGGCCUUGACUACGCUCGAGCAUACGCUAGCGGCUCGUCAGAUCUGGUGGAGUAUGCAGUUGAGGACCAACAAAAUGAAACCGAGGAAGUCCCUGUAGAAAUCGUUCUGAAGAAAUACAUCCAAAUGAUCCCAUCGCGCGAGUGGAGAUGCUUCGUAAGGGAUGACGUGCUGCUAGGUGUAUCGCAGCGAGAUACAAACUUUUACGACUUUCUGCAAGACUCUGACGCGAAACGACAAGUCAUAGACGCUAUCAGAGACUUUUGGGAAGAUGAAGUCCGUCUGAACUUCACUACAGGCGGAGGAAGUUAUAUAUUUGAUGUCUACUUAUCUGCGGAUAUGACCCGAGUGACAUUGAUCGACUUCAAUCCCUAUCGAAAUUCGACAGACCCACUCUUAUUCACAUAUGAGGAGCUCUUGUCUAUCCUUUUAGCUCAUCGAAGACGAUCUCGACAAUCAUCGCCCCUACCAUACGGCCUGGCCGAGCUUUCUUCAGAUGCAGCUGGCCUCCACGUCAGGCUGCCCAUCUUGAAAAUUGUGGAAUCUGCAUCGGAUCCCGAAGCGAACCGGACGACACCUGCUUUCGCUGGUAACAUGAUGCCCUUAGAUGUGAUGGCUCUCAGUCAAGGACGGAACAUGGGAGAGUUCAAAGAUGCUUGGGAAGAAGCCCUUGCAAGGGGGAUGGAUGAUGUUUCGAGCGAUGACGACGAGUGA